AUUAUAAAUCCCUGUUACAUAUUAUAGCGUAGAGGAAAACCUAAUCAGCCGAGAAAAGUUGAGAAAAUUCGUGACGAUGGAAGACGAUGAGAAGUGCAGAGAGUUUUGGUCUCGAGUGGCGGAAUCUCAGGGGUUCGAUGUUGAGCAUUUGAUGGAUGACAAACCAAAAUCGUGUUUGCUCGACUAUCAAAAUUCUGAUUUCGACACUGAAGUCUUCCUUAACGCCAAGUUGGGGAUCCAUAAAUACAAUAUGUUACAGGGGACGAAUUUGCAGCUCAGUUGCAUAGAGAAAUGCAAUUCACGAAUUACCACAGUAUGUAUCGGUUACUAUAUAACUUUGGUUGCUAAGGAUCCAUCUGCUGGCGGUUCCCUUGUAACUUUUCAGACCAAGGUUGUUCACGAAGACUAUUCUAAAAUCAAUACCCUCACGGUCUAUCUUGCAAGACUUAAGUCGCAACCACCACCAGAUGAAGAAAUCGGAGGUGCGAAAACAGGACUGGGUUCGUCUAUACUUGGAACUUGCAUUCAUCCAUGCAAAUCAGUGUCUUCCAAAUCCCAAUCUAUCAAAAUUGGUUAUUUUGAAGGUAGCUGUAGAAACUGAGGAAAAUGUGAAGCAGCCAAAUGAGAGACUCAAGGCCAGAAAUGCAGUUUUCUACAUACGGUACAGGUACUACCCUAAUAAGGGACGGGCUCCUAAGGGUAAUGGUCACAAGCCUCCCCGUGAUCGCAUCGCUAUCAUAAAAAGAACUAUGGACAUUCAGGGGCUUCUCACACUCGAGUUCGAUACUCGGUAUGCAAAAACUCUUCUGUAAGGUAGUACCCUACUCUACUUAUGACGCUUGUAAUAAUCUACUCUAAUUAUGAAGCUUGUAACAAUUCAUAAGACUAUGCAUUCAUGUUGUACUUUAUGGAAACAAUUUAUAAGACUAUGUAACAUG